AUGUCCAGUGAGCGAAAAAUAUCUCACACGGCACAGUUGUUGGGGAUAGAAGAGAAGUACGGUUGGCUAUUAAAAUGGACAAAUUAUAUUAAAGGUUAUCGACAGCGUUGGUUCGUGCUUGAUUCAUCUGCUAAUUUAAGUUACUACAGAAACUCAUCAGAAGUUGGUCAGUCAUGUCGCGGUAGCAUUAAUUUACAAGAAGCCUGUAUUCAUGUAGACAAAUUUACUAACAGUUUAACUGUUUCUGCACCUACUCAAACCUUUCACUUAAAAGCGCAAAAUGAGCUAGAUUAUGAUAAAUGGUUUCGUGCUUUGGAAUUUGCUCGUCAUCGUGCUGUUCGUGCCGCCGAAUCAGAUGAAGACGAAGAAAUUAAGAUGAAUGUCUCAAGUAAUCAUGGUGCUGCAGCGAUAGAAACAAUGAAUCAGUCAAUAGCUGUGAAAAUUCUGGAUCUAAGAACGUGCAGCUCGCUCAUUUCAAAACACGGAUCUGAAUUGCUAAAAGCUUUAAAUAGCUUAGAGAAGACUGAUGCAGUAAAAGCAGUCGGCGAACGCAUCAACUUGUUCAAAAUUACAACAGCUGCAAUGAUGAAAGCUUGUGAAGAAUUUGUUACUCUUACAGCUGUGGAAUCGAAAAGAGUAGGGCGUUAUGCAGCAAACGAACAUGAACAGCGUCUUAGGCUGCAGGAUCAGCUAGAAGAGCUUGCACAUCAGCACAGAAAAUUAGAGAAGGUUGCCUAUCAGUCUGCGCAUCCCAACAGUAUUUCCUUAGAAUCACGUGGGGUUUUUAAUAUUUCCUUUUCUGCAUUUCUGGAUGCCGAAGAAGAAUUCCAUGAUGCAUGUGACUGUGCUUUUGAUGUGAAUGAUGAUAGUCUAUCAUUUAGGAAAUCUGUCUCUUCUCAAGCAGGAUCCAUAUGUGAGACAGCUGAUUCCAGGUUAUUCAAUGCUGAAAUUGUUUAUCCUGAAUCAGUCAAAGCUGAAACUACAUUUGUUCGUUCUGCAAUAAGCACUCAACACUUGCGGCAACGUCGCACUAAAAUUCCUGAACGACCACAAAUUUCUCUAAAUUUAUGGUCGAUUAUGCGCAAUUGCAUCGGUAAAGAGCUGACCAAAAUUCCCAUGCCUGUUAAUUUUAAUGAACCACUUUCUGUUCUUCAACGAAUUUCGGAAGAUCUCGAAUACUCUUAUUUAUUAGAUGAUGCAGCAGAGAAAGACAGUUCUUUGGAACAGAUGUGCUUCGUUGCAGCGUUUGCAAUAAGCGCGUACUCGACGACUGGUUAUCGUACUACAAAACCCUUUAAUCCUUUAUUGGGUGAAACAUUUGAAUGUGAUCGUUUUGUAGAUCUUGGAUGGCGUUCUUUAGCAGAGCAGGUCAGUCAUCAUCCACCAGUAACAGCACAUCAUGCUGAAGGGCGAAAAUGGAAGUUAAAUCAGGAUUUUUCAAUGAUGUCACGUUUUCGCGGCAAGUAUUUGUCGGUAACACCUACAGGUUACACUUAUCUUAAGUUUUUAAACACGGGAAAUGAGUAUUCGUAUAAGAAAGUGACUACUACGGUUCAUAAUAUUAUCGUAGGAAAGUUGUGGAUAGAUAACCACGGUGAAAUGCAAAUUGAAAAUCAUAAAACUGGUGAUAAAUGUGUGUUAAAGUUUCAUCCUUACAGCUAUUUCUCACGUGAACCGCCACGAAAGGUAGCCGGUUUGGUGAAAGAUCCGGAUGGAAAAGUUUGCUGGCUUAUCCAGGGUAUUUGGGACUGUUAUUUGGAUAUUCUUAAAGUCACAAAUGAAGUCAGAACUGGUGGAAAUGCACGUUUUGAGACUCUUCCGCCAAAUCGUAUUUGGGGAGUCAAUCCUUCCGUAGAAAAUGCUGAUAAAAUGUAUUAUUUUACGAAACUGGCAAUAGAGCUGAACGAACCGGAAGAAGGUGUAGCUCCUACUGAUUCAAGACUUCGUCCUGAUCAGCGACUUAUGGAAGAAGGGAAGUGGGAUGAAGCAAAUGAAAUGAAAGUGAGAAUCGAAGAAAAACAACGUGCUACUCGCCGAAAACGAGAACUCUUAGCUGAAAAGGCCAUGGAGAAAGGAGAACCAUUUGAAGAAUAUAAACCAUUAUGGUUUAAGAAAAGUCAGCAUAAAGCAACUGGCGCGUUGAUACAUGUGUUCAAUGGUGAAUAUUGGGAGAAAAAAAAGAUUAAUGACUGGUCUAGAUGUCCAAACAUUUUUGAUCUUAAUUCUGAUUUGUCCAGAUCUUUCUGA